GAGCAAUCGAGCCACGUGAAAGACGAAGAAGCUCACGGGCCAAGGCAGCGUUCGUAGCCGGGCCCGUGGGCUCACCAAAAUUCGACCCAUCUUAUACAAUUUGCUGGGCGGAGUCCUGGGUAGCGGUGCAACGACCGCGAGCAGUCUGCUACCAUGAAGUCCCGGUCCCGCACGACUUCGUCGCCCUGGGCAGCCGGCGUGAAGAGGCCGACGUCGCCGUCCAUCAGGUCCCCCAAGACCCCGUCCAAUGUUGUUGUGACCACGCCGCUUGCGCCCGCUCAAAUCAUCAUCCAAGGCGGCUGGACGCCGUCCGGCCUCGCUGUCAACGUGGCCAGGCCUCACAGCAGGUCCAUCGCGUCGUCACAUGAUUCCGAGUUGAGCAUGCCGAUGAACGACGCCACUGGCUCGAGGAGCGUUGAAGCCCGCUUCCCUGGACUUCCGUCGCUGCCCGAGAGCAACAAAUCCACGGAAUUCAAUGGAAGCUGGAAGUCUCCGUUCGACGAAAUCCAGCCCAGGGUGCGCAGUUCAAAGAGCGCCACCGUCAAGCGCCCCGGCGUCGCCACUGCGUCCCCAGCGUCAGCGGCCAAAGGUGCGCUAUCUGAAAGACAUAGCGAGCUUGCCGCUUUCCCAGCCGACUCCCCGAUAAAGAACCGGGCUGCUUUCCCCAGCAGCGACUCUGCGACAAGCUUGGGCAAGCGUCGGAACGCGAAAAUGGCGGCAGAUGCUGCGCGUGGACUCUUGGGUCAGACAGGCCCCGAAAUGGCGAUUCCAGAGCAACACGAGAAGCUAUCCAAAAAGCGCCACGCGCCUUCGGCGACGUCUCGACCGUCAAUCUCGAAAACUCCGCGGACAUCCCAAGCUUCAUUUGCGUCGCCGCUCAGACAAGACUCGCAAGAAUUGGUUUCACAAGGCAGCCACCCUACUCUUCCACUGACGUCGCCUGGACCGCAUAUAGCGGAGGUGACGAUCGCACCAGUGGAAAUAAAUCCAAUUGUACAGGAUAGAGGGGGCUUCAGACCAAGUUCACCCGAAUCUUAUCCGGACGCGCACAGCGCCCACCACAAAUCUGCGCUGGCCAAGUUACUUAAGGAGUACCCGAUGGACUUUGCUAAAAAACAAGCACUUGCGCGAGCUAGGAGAGGUGCCUCUAAGAAUUCCCCAAGCGUGCUCACUCAGCCUGCGCGAGGGCGAAUAGCAAAGCUUAAGAAACCAUCGGAAACCGAACUUUCGAAAUCCGGAAAAGGCCGACAGCCGAAAACCCUUGCAUCACCAAAAUCGUCGCGGGAGGCAUUCACAAAGCCCAAAGCUUCCACGCAACAGUCUCCCAUCAAAGGCGCGCCCACCGUUGCCGAGGCGCAACAAACCCCGGUCGUAAUGCAGAGCGCAGCCACUUCACCCUUUGCAGAGCGGGAAGUUGAAAUGAAGAGUGCAAUAACCACGCUCUCACCACGGGAAGCAGUGUCUGCGCCUGCGGACACUGUUCUUCCUUUAAAGGCGGACACCUCGUCACCUCUAUCAGGACAAAGUGUGCUAGGUACCCCAAAGACUUCAACUGGCUCUCAGGAGAAACCGACGCAAGUAUCCGCAAGUGUAACGAAGAGUCCAACUGAAAGCCGUCCGGAUUCUCCGAAACUCGCGUUAUCUGCGUAUCGUGACGCAAUUUCGCCGCCCCAGUCACCUGAGCCGUGGUCGCCCAGAGCAACAGCUGGUUUCUUGGACGCUACCAAGAGUCCAAGGCCUGAUUAUCGCUCACCAUCACCGCGAUCAGGGCAAGGUGUGCCAGGUUCGUUAAACACUUCAACUGGCGCUCAGAAGAUAUCCACGCCGGUAUCCGCAAGUGCCGUAACGAAGACACCGACUGGAAGUCGUCCGGGUUCUCCGAAAGGCGCAUUAUCUGAGUAUCCUGAUGCAAUUUUGCCGCACUAUUCUCCUGAGUUACGGUCGCCCCGAGCAACAGUUGGGCUCUUGGACGCUACCAAGAGUCCAAGGCCUGAUGCCCCCUCAGCCCCACAGGUUUCGAAAAGUCCCUUCGGCAGCGAAGCGUCCGCUGAAAGGGCUAUUGUCGAGCGAGCAUCCCCUAUCACAGAUAUGGAGCCGAAAGACGGCCUCAUACGCCCAGACAUCAUGCCAGCCUCAACAACGGAUAAAUCGCCCGCACUAACCGCCGCAUCACCUUCGCUUCAAGUAGCAGAAGCCUCAUCGCCGCGGACACCGCAGUCUUUCUCAGAGGUGGCGAAGACUACUGCGAUCGCUCAUCCGGAGUCCUCUCGGGUCUCUGGAAGUCAGCCCGGCUCUCCAGUUGUUGCUUCUGCACUUGAACCGUGGUCGCCGCGGGCAUCAUCUGGCUUUUUAGAUCCAACCAAGAGUACCCGUGAGAGCCUUGGAGCAUCCCCUUCAGCCACGCAAGGUGGCCAAUCUUCUCAACCGUGGUCGCCGCGGGCAACAUCUGGCGCUUUAGAUCCAACCAAGAGCCCCCUAAGGAAGCCUGGAACAUCUCCUCAAGCGUCGCAAGGCGCCCAAACGCCUGAACCGUUGUCGCCGCGGGCAGCACCUGGAUUUUUAGAUCAAACGAAGAGUCCCCUAAAAAGGCCCGGAACAUCUCCUCAAGUGCCGCAAAGCGCCCUAUCUCCUGAACCAUACUGGCGGCAGGCAGAACCAGGCUUUUUAGAUUCUACCAAGAGUCCCCUAAAAAGGCCCGGAACAUCUCCUCAAGUGCCGCAAAGCGCCCUAUCUCCUGAACCAUACUGGCGGCAGGCAGAACCAGGCUUUUUAGAUUCUACCAAAAGUCAUGGAACAUCUCCUCAAGCAUCACAAGGCGCCAAAUCUCCUGAACCGUGCUCGCCGCGGGCAGCAUCCAGCCUUUUAGAUUCUGCCAAGAGUCCCCUAGAAAGGCCCGGUACAUCUCCUCAAGUGCCGCAAAGCGCCCUAUCUCCUGAACCAUACUGGCGGCAGGCAGAACCAGGAUUUUUAGAUUCUACCAAAAGUCAUGGAACAUCUCCUCAAGCAUCACAAGGCGCCAAAUCUCCUGAACCGUGCUCGCCGCGGGCAGCAUCCAGCCUUUUAGAUUCUGCCAAGAGUCCCCUAGAAAGGCCCGGUACAUCUCCUCAAGUGCCGCAAAGCGCCCUAUCUCCUGAACCAUACUGGCGGCAGGCAGAACCAGGCUUUUUAGAUUCUACCAAAAGUCAUGGAACAUCUCCUCAAGCAUCACAAGGCGCCAAAUCUCCUGAACCGUGCUCGCCGCGGGCAGCAUCCAGCCUUUUAGAUUCUGCCAAGAGUCCCCUAGAAAGGCCCGGUACAUCUCCUCAAGUGCCGCAAAGCGCCCUAUCUCCUGAACCAUACUGGCGGCAGGCAGAACCAGGAUUUUUAGAUUCUACCAAAAGUCAUGGAACAUCUCCUCAAGCAUCACAAGGCGCCAAAUCUCCUGAACCGUGCUCGCCGCGGGCAACAUCCGGCCUUUUAGAUUCUACCAAGAGUCCCCGAAAGAGUCCUGGAACAUCCCCUCAGGCGUCACAAGACUCUAUAUAUCCGGUUGCGGAUAGUUAUUCGCAAGUUAAACAGCUCGAACCUUGGUCCCCUAAAGCGACAUCUGGCACUCUGGACUCUACGAAGAGCCCUCGUUUAGCAGUACAACCAUCACCUCCGGCUUCAAAUGGCAAUCUUCAGCAGACGUCAUUACAGCAAAUCCAGUCGCCGCAACCUCCGGUCGGCCCGUUAUCGGAAAUAAAGAGUCCCCUCACACCAUCUUCGCAAGUUUCGGCAAGCAUCUCCAAGCUAGAAUCUGUGCAACAGCUCGUCAAUCCUUCAUCAACCAUCAUGGAGAUUAUCACAACAGAAAAAACUUUCGACCCGGCUGAGUACCCAGUCACUGAAUUAGCUCCGACAACAGAAAAAACUUUCGAGCCGGCUGAGCACCCAGUCACUGAACUUGCUCCGUCCCCAUCCUAUACGCACGUGCCACUCGACACAGUAAAGAGCCCUAGCCAGAGUUCUAGCGGUUCCCCUAGACGUGCUCUUAACGCUCUGGGACCGGCUUCUCCUACGCCGACGAGUGGCUUGGUAUCCCCAAGUGAGGUAGAGAGGCUUCUGGAAGCCAAGGGCAGCCCCACGAGCUUUUCUCCACAAAAAGGUUCGGAGCUGAAGGUUCCUUCCGGUCCCCUUGUGACCGCGCAAACCACUGACUCUGAGCAGAAGGCGAGCGCCGGUGGAUCUCCACAGCUCACCACCCCGUCAGCAGUGGAAAAGUCCCCUCGCGCGGAAUCUCCAUCCGGAAGUGGACUCGCAGAACCGGACAAGGAGAAAUCUUCGGUGGCGGCCCUUACGCAAGCGGCCGGGACGGGCACCGGCGUUGAGGGGCACCAGCCGAUCAUAAGGGCAAGUGCGGAACCUUUGACACCAUCCUCGAAGUCUCCUGAAGAGCCAUUCAGCCCUGAACAAAUCAUCGACGCCCGACAGCUCGAAGCCGACACGUCAGCUGAAGUCAUCGAGUCGCCAAAAUCGGGCGACAAGUCAGUCGCACUGCCCGUCGAAAAGCGAGCCAGCGCCGACAUUGUUGCCGCCGUGCCGAGUGACAGCGGAGUGGCAAGUGCCGAGAAAUCAGCCAUCACUUCCCCAGAAAGCGACGCCAAAGGUUCACCUCAGAAGAAGAAAGGCAAGAAGGGUCAAAAGGGGCGCAAGGUACCCAAGGGUUCCACGGCGUCCUCCGACGACGACAGCUUACCCAUCUCGGAACAUAUCGCACAGGCCGUCACAGAAUCUCCGGCCCAGUUCGCCGACAUACCGCUGCAGGUGAACAUGACGAUCGACUUGGUGCCCCCCAAAAGUACCAGUUCGACGUCUUCAGUGCGGACAAUCGUGUCACCGGUGCACAUCGAGAAGAAGAUGAUCGUGGAGAGCUGCAAGGACGGCCACGUGGAGGUCAAAAUUCCUCCCGUGUUCAUCGACACACCGGAGGGAAAGCACACCUCCGACUCAGCCCUGAACGUUUGUGUGUCUGUAGACGUUGGCAAGCAAGCCACGCAGGGUCACAAGACUCCCGAGCAAGAAUGCCGCCCUGCCGAGAAACCGUGGCGCUGAGCCUCGACACGUUACACUUCUCCGUACACGAGCGGCGGAAGAGUAGUGGCCGAUGCACGACGUGAGGCGCACCCAGGAAAAGAAAGUGCAAACGAAAGUGUCGACAGCUCGGUUUGCGGAACUGCGUGGCUGCUGCUCGCGUUUGCCGCUCGGUUUUUCGAUAAGAACUAGACGGGGCCAAUCGACAGCCAGCACUGCCCUCGGCGUCUCGAAUAAGCGGCCUUUGUGGCACUCUCUUUAGGGUCAAUAAACUUCCGGUCGAAAGCGA